GCCGUAACGAACUUGCACCACACAAAUAUCCCCGCCGGUCUGGUCUCUCUGUACUCACACAUACACACAGAUACACGUCUACGUGGAAUGGACGUACGUACGCCUAGGACGGGAUUUAGAACAAAACAGCCCCCUCCCGGGCCCACACACUCAUCUCAUCUCAUCUGGUGAGCGAUUCACAGAUGUCCGCGAUUCAGCUGCCUCUCGCGUCUCCGACCCUUGCCACACCGGCCCCUGACCCGCCGCACCAGCAGACCACCCGUAUUCACUGAGGACAGCAACAUGGCCGCCAGGGUCACUUGAGGCACCGAAUCGGCAAACCAGCCAGUGCCCCCGCUCAGGAAAACGGUCAGCAGCUGAAUCGCCAAUAUUGGGACGGUGCCGACCAGGCUGAGCAGCUCCAGGCUGCCGAAUGCCUCGGCCUUUACCGGGAUGGCGAAGAACGGCGCCUUGACGAGAUGCGACCAGCAGAGGUGCAAGACACCGAUGGCAAAGAAGGAGCAAAAGAGCAUGAUCACUAGCCCCAGACCGCCGCCCCCGAAGGGCAUCUCAUCGUCCAGGUCGUCGGUAUGCGACCUCUUGUUGCUCAGCCCGGCCCCGCGAGAGGCAGUGGCCCCGGUUGUCGCGGUGCAGUUUUCGAGGUCCGGCUCCCUCUGUGGUGCCUUCUCGCCACUCUCUCCUUCUCCGUAAGGUUGAGACAAGAAGCAGGGCGAUGACUCGCUCAGACGAGGGGGCACUUGAUUGCCCGUGAAGACGCUCUCAUCGGCCGACACAAACGUCCGAUUGUAGUCGCUGAAGGAGCCGCUGCUGCCGCUUCUUGCUAUACUGGAGUCGGCCAGCUGGGGGGCCUGGGGGUGCUGGAAGGGCGGGAACACAGUGUCGCUCGACAGCUGGCUCAGGGGGAUGGGUGGCUCGAGAAACGACGAGCAAGCGACUGGGGCCUGGGGGUGGUUGAAGGGAGGGAGGCGGGUGCCGCUGGACAGCUGGCUGACGGGGAUGGAUGGCCAGUAUGCCGACAUGUUAUCCGUGUCGGGCACGCCGCUGGUGUCAACACACCAAUGCUCCUGACGCGACGCCUCCGUUGCUGUGUCCUUCUGCGCGCUGUCUGCCUGGCGGCCUCGGCCUCGAUCUCGAUCUCUCCUGGGCGGCACAGGGUGUCCAUGGAAGGUCGCUGCCCUUCUGAAUGUCAGUCGGAUGGGUCGAUCGCCGUCAUCCUCGUGUUGCUGUUCCUCUUGCUGUUGCUGCUGCUGAGCAUCUUGUUCGGACGUCUUGGUGAUCUUGGAUGCAGAGGGGAGCCCCGUGAGUCUGCUCCUCGACAAGCCGCCGUCAUACCAGGUCCGGUAGAACGGAUGACGGGACACCUGCCCACCACACACACACCCCCAUCCGCAGACGGACAGACAGACGGACAGUCACAUUGUGUCAGCCGUGUCAUGGAUGUUGUCGUUAUGUGUGUCGUUAGUGGGCUCGGUGAGACUCACUCACCCACUGUAGGUUGUACAGAACGACACAGACUGCGUUGAAGAGCACGUUGAAGAGGUAGUGCGAGCAGCCGAGCCAGAACAGAACUCCCCCCGAAUUGGAUGACUGGUACAAUGACGCCACAAAGACCACUGCAUCCAUCAUCAAGACACAAUCAGGGAGGGGUGCGGGGCGGGGCCCUUGUUGUUGCAUGGCAUGCUGACGAUAGAUACCAUGAAGGAUACAGCCGAGUGCGGCGAGGACCGCCGUGACGACCCGCCACACCACUGUCCUGCCGUUGCGCUUUCUGGUGUGGACGGCGCCGGCCGUCGCAACCAGCACCACCAGACACACAGUCAGGAGAAUAACCAACGGGGCACCAUCAAUCUGCACACAUACACACACACACACACACGGCAGGUCGAGAAACCAGGCAGACAAACAGACAGGUGUAGGCACGCUGCCCGUCGCCUCACCUUUGCCUGGCACGCUUGUCCGUACGCCAUUUGUGUGUUUGGUAUGCGCAGAACGAGCAGAGAGAGUGACGUGAACCUCGCCCUGAAGUGAUCGACGUCACACACGUACCCCCUCGCUGCAUCCACACACGCAUCCGCACCUGUGCGCCUGUGCGUCUGUAUAUAUGUGUGUGUGUGUGUGUGUGUGUUGCUUACAAAUGAGGUGGGACAGACACCAUUUCGGCCCGGAAACCGAGAUCGGCUCCACCUGGUCGAACGCCCAGCCGCCCAUGUGUGACCACAGCACACACUUGUAGUUGACCGAAGAGAAGGCCUCACACCGGGGGUUCAUCUGACACUGAACGACCCGUCCGUCCGUCGACAACCAGACAGAAAAUUGAAAGAAGAAUAAGUCGGUUGGCAGGGAGAAAGGUGCCUGCCCCCCCUAUGUGUACCAACCAGUUUCUGGCAGUGCUCGGGAGGGAAGACCAGCAGCGGCAGGCUCUGCAGCACCGUAGACGUGUUGGGAUCAGGCGUGAGACCAAGGUGAUAGCACCCACAAUUGGGCGGGUCCACGGCGUACUCAUUCGUCCGCACCGCAUAAUGCAGCUUCCCAGUCAAGAAGGACGGCACGCCCAGGUCACCGCGAUGGAACGAAAUCUCUUCCGAGGUGCCGUUCUUGCCGAGCCCCCAGGCAUCAGGAUCGGUGGGCAAAUCGUGGUAGAGCGACGCAUCUGCCGGCCGCAGGUGCAGCCCAUCUUGGUCGAAGGGUGGCAGGGGUGCCGGGGGGAAAGAUGUGCCGGGGACAGCCCCGCAGUCGCGGCCCUCCACCCAUCCCGAGACUGCUCCCGGCUGGCAGAUCUUCGUCUCCGUCUUGCCGCAGAGGAAGCAGACGCCGCGCUUGAUCUUGCCGUCCCGGGGGAAGGCGUCCCGCCAUGAGAACCCUCGGCAGCCAGGGACCUCAUAACACAUGCGGUGGCACUCCUGGAUGAUGACGUUCUCCGUCCCAUGGCGGUAGUGCGACCGCGCGGAACCGCAGCUGAAGAGGUACGCAACUACGUGGAAGGGCGACAGGGAAGGCAACGAAGGCACAGACACAUACAAACAAUGAGAAGGAAGGCACGCGCUUACCGUUGUACUCGUAGCAAGGCCACUUGUGUCCGCCCGCGAAGCCAUUGGGGUCCUUGUCGAUCCCUCUGUGCUCACAAUCCCUGCUGUGCUUGGCCCCACUGACCACCCAGUUGUUCUCGUCGUCAUCGAGCGGCGGCCUACUCGUCCUGCCGACAUCCGACGACUUGUAGAAGCACCCCCCCUCCCGCCGCUUGUAGGUCCACCCCUGGCACUGGGCGUCCGCCGCACAGCCCCUCUGACAGUCAAAAGGGCGGCCGACCAUAUGGCCGAGAGACCGGAAAGUGUCUGGGAGGUCGUGGCCUUCAUAUUCCACGUCCCACUCAAAACAGGAGGCGUUGGCCUGUGCAAGCUGCACGAGGGGAGCUGAACACAACGAACGAACGCAUGGACGCAUGGCUUACCCACACGUACGUGUCCGUCCGUGUCUGCUGACUGAUGCCGUGAUGCAUGUGUUGCGGUGUGCGGGUACCGUCUGGAGGCACGCCCAUCGCGAGGUGACUCGAUAUGGCGAUUGUGAGGACGAUGGCAGAUGCUCCAAGCCGCUUCACCGAGAUCGGCAUGUAGGUGCUCGCACACUCAGUCGCCAUGCAUGGCCUUGCCCGUGUCGCAACAGAUCUCGAGCAUCUGGACCGCCGUUGUCGUCGUCGACACGUGCCAGUGGUGGGACGGUCUGACGGAGAGAGAUCAACUCGCUACAUCGACAGGGAAAAUGACGGAAAAAAA